AUGUUCGACCAGUACAUUCACUCGCAUCUUGAAGCUCAGCCCAAUGAAGCCGCAGUGGAAACCACAAAUGGUGGCGGCGACAUCGAAGAGGAUAUAGAAAAGGAGAUUGAGUCCUUGAAGUCAUCAUCCACGAACCAAAAGAAACCCUACACCUUUGUUAGACUCGAGAUCGCCUGUGUGUCAUUCAUUCGCACACAACCCCCCUUGGACCCGGUCAAUCUAGUUCUUCAAAUCUGUGAAAAAGCGUACUCGGGAUCAAGCCGGCAGCGAAGCCGAUACGUCAAACGUUUAACACCUGUCAGCUGCAUCCGGAAGACGCUAGGGAAUGGGUUAGAGCAAUUGUGUGAGGAAGUGCUGAGGCCCGUCUUUGGCGACAGUACUAUUACGAAGAAGUUUGCCAUCCGCCCAAACAUCCGAAACAACGAACAGCUGAGCCGAGACGUCAUCAUCAAGACGGUCGCAGAUGCCACGACCCGAUUAAGCUCCAGCCAUUCGGUCGACUUGACGAACUACGAUCGCCUGAUUCUGAUCGAAGUCUACAGGAACGUGUGCGGCAUGAGUGUCGUGGGCAGCGAAUUCGAGAAGCUGAAGCGUUUUAACUUAUCCGAGAUCUACCAAGCAUCGGCCCACGAGGGACGAUCUACCCAAGAAUGA